CCCGAACCCCAUCGACAACAUCGCCCAUCUCCGACACGGUAAGGAUAAAAUCAGUCAAGGACAAUCGCCCAAGAUGGUUUCCGCAAAGAAGCAUGUUCCUAUCGUCAAGAAGCGCACCAAGGCCUUCAAGCGCCACCAGAGCGACCGCUUUAUGCGUGUUGACCCUGCAUGGCGUAAGCCCAAGGGUAUCGACAACCGUGUCCGCAGACGAUUCAAGGGCAACCAGGUCAUGCCCUCGAUCGGUUUCGGCUCCAACAAGAAGACCCGCCACAUGAUGCCCUCCGGCCACAAGGCUUUCCUCGUCAGCAACACCAAUGACGUUGAGUUGUUGUUGAUGCACAACCGCACCUACGCCGCAGAGAUCGCCCACAACGUUUCGUCGAGAAAGCGAAUUGACAUCAUCUCCCGCGCUAAGCAACUCGGUGUUAAGGUUACGAACUCCAAGGCUAAGGUUACUACUGAGAUCUAAGGGAACGAUCAACGGUGAAAGCAAAUGCGGCGACUUUAGGGUGUACGGUUUCUCGAUUUUCGGCAAUCAUUGCAUUGAUGCAUGGGAAUGGUUUUGCUCUAUGGUCAAGGACGGUCAUGAGCCUGGCAUGUAUUUCGUGCUAGAAAAAUGAAAUACAUCUACGAAUGACAACAAUGAACCAACCAUUUCAUGGACCACCUCGCCCCGCGUGCAAGUCGAUU